UACUCGACUCAGGCAACUUCAAUCUCUCGCACCAACUCGGCACAACAUCACUACCUCAGGCUUAACAUCUAGGCUAGCCCCUUUGUCUCUUCAGAGAACUGUUAGUCCCUGGCCAAGAGACAUCAUGAGUCAACUGGGCGGUCCUGGUGCUCGACAGAGCAACGCCAAGCCAAUCCCCCCUCAACGUGGCAGCUUUCCACUUGAUCAUGAAGGCGAGUGCAAGCAUGUCAUAGCGACCUACCUCGAGUGCAUCAAAAAAGUACGAGGCGUGAACGACGCCGAAUGUCGCGACUUGGCCAAGUCGUAUUUGGCAUGCCGCAUGGACCGCAACCUCAUGGCCAAGGACGAGUUCAGAAACCUAGGUUUCGACAACGGACCACCGCCGACAACAACGAAUAGCAACGAUUACAACCAACACCGGGGGGCUUCGAGCAAGGAGAAGGAUGCACGGCCCGGUGAACUUCGCUGGUAGGUUCCUGUGUAUGUAAUGUUGUCACGUCAGCCUCAUAGAGGGUGUUUGGAGAAACCCCGGGCGGCCGGGAUGUAUUAUAAACGGGCGCAGAUCCUUGCAUCCCAAGUUUGGCUUUGUAUGAUUAGCAUAUAGAAUUAAAUAAGAUGAAAUAACUAUGGAAGUAAAAACUCAUAUAAAUAUGUAAACAUGCAGAGCUUCUGAAAGUUGAUAGACGGUGUGGUUGCUUCCACGGCAUGAAUGCACAGAGAUUGUCAAUAAACAAGGCCCCAUACGCGGGCAUGAAGCUUCAUGCGCCCAUAUGAUGGGCCCCCGUUAUGUGAUGACUGCAAAGCUCGUAAAGAUGGAGGCAAAAGGCAUUGAGUGACUCACUAGAUCACUCGCCCAGUUGUCGGGUGUUGCUUUCCUCGUCAGUGAUGGGGCGGCAUUCGUUUACCCAACCUACCUACCUUCGCAGUGUACAAGUACAGUGUCGCAGAUCUGGGGAAGGGAAUAUCGAUCAGUCUUUUCUUUUGCCAAAGAACUAUGAUGUUUUUUGGGCAGCUUUGUUGUACGCGGUUGGCUGCAGCGAAUAUUUAGGGCUUAUUCAUGCUUGUCAAAUUUUGAAUCUGAAGAAUCGACGGACAAGUCCAAGGCAAAGUUGGAUAGCCGCGAUUUCUGUCAGGGCUAUACUGCGGGCGCCUUUCGAUGUGGGGCUGUGUCCAGUCUUACCUACAUAGGUGCCUACCUUAGUAGGGUCAGCUCGGCUCAGCUGAGUGGGUCGUCCGCCGUUUGGAUAAGAGGUGCAACCCCAACGACAACACUGAAUGAACUGGAAAGUCGGACAGUCAUUGUUGCCCCGACAACCAACCACGGCCGGACACAUGGCCCAGGUAUAACUUCAACGCCAUCAAUCGACUCCCCU